GAAGCGACUGCAUAAAGGCUGAGUGGACAAUAAGCACGUGUCGUAUACUUUUAGACUUCAACACGUCUGUUUUGCCCUGUCUUUCUUUUAAGAUUUUAUUCUCAACAAUGCCUCCUAAAAAGCCAGCAGCGGACUCUGCUGAUCCACCUGCACCGUCCGAUAACGAUGCGCUGGUGGAAGAGAAAGCGGAGUCGAAAUCAGAUGCUGCGGCGCUGCGUAAACUCGCAGCUCAUCCGUCUACAGCCAUAAUGGUGAAAGAAGCGCUUAAAGAGUUGGACUCACGCAAAGGAGUUUCCUCCCAAGCGAUACAGAAUUAUAUUAAACAAAAAUACCCCUCGGUGGAUUUGGUGAGGUUGAAGCACUUGGUCCGUAGAGCUCUGAAAAAAGGACUCGAGAAUGGCACGUUGGUGCGGCCUGCCAACUCCACUGUUACCACAGGCGCGAUGGGAAAAUUUAGGCUUGCACCAAAAGUCAAGGAGGCAAAGCCAAAAACUGAGAACGUGGAUCCUAAUGUACAAAAAGCUCCAAAAGCAGCCAAGGAUGGAGCCAAGAAGCCUCAGAAAACAGGUGCAACAAAGAAGAAAGACGGUGCCAAAGAAGAGGCCAAGUCACAGGAGGAGUCAAAGCCUCCCAAAAAGUCAAAGAAAAAUGAAGAUGCUGCUCCCUCAAAGGUUGCUCCAGCAAAGAAGCCAAAAGCCAAAAAAGCUGCAGAGAAAGAUGACAAAGGAGCCUCUGAUUCAACCAAAACGAAGGCAGCAAAGGGCACCAAGGAGGGAAAGGGAGGAAAGGCAUCCCAGAGCAAGGCUGCUAAAGCAGGCAGUGAUGCUCCUGCCUCUAAAGCAACUGGGAAACGAGGGAAGAAAACUGCAGAGUAGAUUUAUAAUUAACUAUUUUAAACUAUUUUGUUUCGCAAUAAAAUCUUAACUUUUUGGA